GACCAUCCGAGCAACUCUUUCUCGUCAUUUUAAUGUUUUUAAUUUUUAUAUAUCAAGUAAAUACACUAAAAUAUUAUCAGGUGAUUCAUGAGCAUAAUGAUUGGUUUAUUUAUGAAAUGGUGAAAGUUUAGGGAAUCUAUUUUCGCAUUCGAUGAAGUUCACAAAAGACAAUUAGAUUGACACUCCUAUUUAUAAAUGUAGCGUGGUUCUUCAGCUUUGAAAAUUGAGGCAUCGUUCAAAUUACAAAUUAAAGGAUAAUAUAGCUAAAGUAUGGAUAGUCAGAAAAUUCACAUGAAUGGAGGUGAUGGCCCUAACAGCUAUGCUAACAAUUCUGAAUACCAGAAACAGUUGGUGGGAUAUUCAAAGAAAUUAAUGGCGGAGUUGAUUGAGCAGGAGCUUGAUGUGGGAAUAAUAAACUCUGGUUGUAGCCUAUUUUGUGUAGCAGAUUUUGGAUGCUCUGUAGGGGGAAACACUUAUCUUGCAGUUCAAAAUAUCAUUAAAGCUGUAGAAAAUAAGUAUAAAUCAAGUGAGCUAGACCAAGAGAACCCUCAAUUGCAAGUACCAGAAUUCCUUGUGUUCUUUAAUGAUUUAGUCCAAAACGAUUUCAAUACUCUAUUUAAUUACAUCCAUGGCAACAAACCCAACUACUUCACUACAGGAAUCCCAGGUUCUUUCUAUGGACGAAUAUUUCCAAAGGCGUUCCUACACUUUGCCCACAGCUCGAUGUCACUUCUGUAUCUGUCAAGAAUUCCAGAGGAAGUGUUGGACAGAAACUCAGCAGCAUGGAACAAAGGAAGAAUUCAUUACAGUAGCAGUGGAGCAGCAAAAGAAGUAGAGGCAGCAUAUGCAGAUCAGUUCAGAAAAGAUAUACAAGCCUUUUUGGAUGCAAGGGCUCAAGAGCUUGUUCCUGGAGGAUUAAUGACCAUCAUUACUCUUACUAUUCUUGAUGGAGUGCUUCCUUCUGACUCUCCCAUGGCCAUCAAUUUCACCAUUCUUGGAUCCUGCCUACAGGAUAUGGCCAACAUGGGCAUUAUGUCUGAAGAAAAGUUGGACUCGUUCAACCUUCCAUACUAUUAUACAUCUCCUAUGGAAUUUGAAACACUGAUAAAGACACAUGGAUGCUUUGAUAUUAUAAGGUUUGAGAAGCUGCCAACUCCCCUGAGACAAGUUGUAAUUGAUGUCCAAACUGCAGUGUUAUCUGUGCGAGUAGUAACAGAGCAACUAUUUCAGCAACACUUUGGGAAUGACAUCACUGAGGAAUUGUUUCAACGUUACACUGAAAAAUUAGACUCGCAUCCACUUUUAAAAGAUGAUAAAUAUCGCACAGAUGCCAGCUACUUUGUCUUUCUCAAGCGUAAAACCGAAACAUCCGAACCAGAGUCCUAGCUUGGUUCUUAAAACUUAUCAUCUGCGUCCAAACUUUGUUAUUGUUCACCUGUUUGCAGAGUGUGAUCUUGUUUUAUGUGUGCAUUUUAAUUGUUUUCUGCUUAUGAAUAAAUAGUUCAAGCUGAAAACAAUGAGCUGAGUUCGACUCAUGAAAAUAAUUCCUUGUUGAAUUGAAAAUUUUAUAUGGUAA